UCAAGAUUCUCAUCUUUAUCAAAUACUCGAAGAGACAAAAUGCAGAUAUAAUACUCAUAAAAUUUUUAAUUAGUUAUAUAAUUAUUCAACAAAUGAAAGGUUUUUAACCAUCAUCGAAAGAAAAUAUUAACAGUUGCGAAUUUACAAUUGCAAUUGCAUAUACCAUUUACUAACACGACCACAAUGUAUAGCCACUUUAGAAAAAGAUAUUCGACACUGCGACACUCAACAACUCAUUGAUUUGACGUUCAUGCGCUAAUUGUUCAUGCAUAAUGUCUUUAUGAUAUGCAUCUUAUUAGUAUCAAACAUUAACACGUACAUUUGCUAUGAUAAUUCCAUCCACCCCACCAUUAUACAGCAGAAUUUAUUUGAUAGAUAUUACCAACAUUGCCUGAUGUCGGGGCAAUGAACAAUCUUGUUCAACAAAGUGUUUAACAAAAAGUUACGUUUUUAGUGUAACAUCUACGGUAUUUUACAAAUAUUACAUUACAUUUUUAACAAGAAAAGGUGAAUAAUAAUACCAAGUGAAAAUGGCAUUUCGUGAAUUAGUUGAGGGUGACUGUGGUGGACCUAGUUCUUUAAUCCACCUCACAUCACAUUUUGUACACGAUCAUGGAUUCAAAGAAGAAGGAAUACAUCCUCCGUUUGGACAUAUAGAGCCGUAUCAGCCUAUAGAUUCAGAUCAGUUAGUUAAACAAUUUUUAGAAGAAAAUGCUUCGUGUCCUCAGACAUUUAGAAUGGAUAAUUUAUUACAAGAAAUGAGAGAAAUUGAUCACAAUAUUCAUCCACCUAUAGCAGCUCCAGGAGUAGCUCAAGAAUUAACUGGCUUAGAUACAGCUUGGGCAAAUCAAUACCUUCAAUCUGGACGUCAUUUUAGUGAAAACCAUACUGAUGAUAUCUGGCAUCCCAACAUACAACAGCAUUCAAAUGUUGUGACUCAACAAACGCAUGAAUUAGGAUUAGGACCGAAAUGGGCUGAAGAAUACAUAGAGCAUAGCAUAGAUGCAAUACAAACUGAUAUUAAUGAGAAAAAUACGACUGAGACAAUAGAAAAUGAUCAUGGUAAAGUUGCAUAUUCCAAAUUUAUGAAAUUUAUGAAACAAGAAGGAGAAGAAGAAUUGGCGGUCGCUGGUAAUUGGAUAGAUGAAUUUGAAAAAGACAAUGCAUCUUCAGAAGUAGACAGUACUGAUCCUGCAUUUUUACGACUUCAAAAUGAAUGGGAGAAAAUAUCUUCUCAAGAAGUAUCCACUAAACAUCCAUGGUUAUCAGAGUAUGAGACAUAUUAUGAUCCAUUCAAAGAAUAUGAAUUUCACGAAGAAAAUCCUAUGAAGGAUGUACCCAAUCCAUUAGAAGAAGGAAAGAAAAGAUUAGAAGCUGGAGAUUUACCAAGUGCUAUUCUUUGUUUUGAGGCAGCAGUAAAACAAAAUGAAAAUGAUCCAGAAGCUUGGUUACUUCUUGGUAAAACUCAAGCUGAAAAUGAACAAGAUCCAUUAGCAAUUCCAGCUUUGAAACGUUGUUUGACCAUUGACCCUAUGAAUGGUGCUGCUCUUAUGGCCCUUGCAGUUUCAUACACAAACGAAUCUUAUCAGAAUCAAGCAUGUUUAACUUUAAAAGAAUGGUUAUUAAAGAAUGAGAAAUACAAACAUCUUACAACAAAAAAGUCUAACGUAGAAAAUGAUUCAAGAUACAAUGUAUCAUCCAUUUUGUUUGAUGAUGUACACGAGGACGUAAAAAAUUUAUAUAUUCAAGCAGCACGAAUAAAUCCCCGGAAUGAAAUAGAUGCUGACGUUCAAUGCGGACUAGGAGUACUUUUUAAUUUAUCUAACGAAUAUGAUAAAGCCUGCGAUUGUUUCCAGGCAGCGUUACAAGUACGCCCUGAUGAUUCCAGAUUAUGGAAUAGAUUAGGUGCAACUUUAGCUAAUGGUCAAAAAUCAGAAGAAGCUAUAAACGCAUACCAUUGUGCCUUGAAGUUAUCUCCCGGAUUUAUUAGAGCACGCUACAAUCUGGGAAUUUCUUGUAUCAAGCUUGGCGCAUAUAAAGAAGCUGGUGAACAUCUUUUAACUGCUUUAAAUCAACAAGCAGCUGGUCGUGGAACGCAGGGUGAAAACUUUUCACCGAAAGCGAUGUCGAAUACUAUUUGGUCAACAUUAAGACUUGUUCUUUCAUUGAUGUAUAAAUACCAUCUAAUCGAUGCCAUAGAAAGCAGAGAUCUAGCGAGGUUGAAUAAGGAGUUCGAGAUUGUAUGAAGAUAUGCAAACUUGUUGAUGCUACUUGUUGAAAGAGUAUAAACCGUUUUUAGUUUUUAUGGUAACAAAUAAAAUGCUUAAAAACUAUUUUUCAAUAGUUCAGAAAUGUGUAUAUAAACAUCGAUUAGACUCAUGAUUUCGAUAUUUCACUGCUACAAGAGUGGGUAAUUUAACAAUAUUAUAUAUCCGAUUACGAUACUUUAUAUUUUUAGACGUUGUUUUGAUUCAAUAUUUCUAACAGGUAUACAACUUCUAUUAUUUCCUUU